CAGGAGACGUGCUGUCUCUAGAGACGAGUCAGGGACCAAUCCAGAGAAAAGGUGGACAAGUCUGGAGGAUUCCCUCAUUUAGGUUUCUGCACAACCAACAUGAUGUGGAAGAAAAAAACGAAGGAAGCAGCUAUAGGUUUUGCACUGGGAGCAGUGGGAGGCUUCAUAAUGGGAGCCACAGAAGAGCCUGUCGACAGGACCUUGUCUGCGAUGACUUCAGCGAGUCAACUGAAGCCACUGAUUGACGAUAUCAAGACUGUGGGUGCUCUCGGACUAGGGACUCUCAUGGGAGCUUCCGCACUGACCAUCGCCAUGACCUCAGUUGUAGCUGGUGUUAUAAUGGCAGCAGCAGUAUCUUCGGUGUUCGUCACCACAAGGAGUUGUGGGACAACUCAGAAGAACUAUGCAAACUUGUGGGCUUCUGCAGGACUUGCCGGUGCCCUCGGGACCACACUCAGUGGAGCCACACUUGGUUUUUUUAUUGAAAUGAUUGUGAAUAAUUCUGGCAUGAUUGGUCUUUUGUGUGCGCUGUCCAUUUUCAGCAUCCUCAAACCACCUCUGCGCUUUGUAUUUAACGUCCUCUGGAAACAAGGAGAGGCCUGUUGCACUCAAGGAUCUGUGGUUUGGGAAACAGAAAGGAAAGAGUUAGAGAUUUCAGAUUUAGAGCAGAGAGAAAGGGUGGCUGUGCAAAUAGAAGAGAGGAUCCUGACAAUAAAUAAUGGGAGGAACACCGUUGAGACAGAAGACAUGAUGACUUGGGCCACUGAACGGAAGUUGAGAGAAAAAUUAGAGAGGAAGAAGACUGAGGCUGAAGAAGCACAGAUCAAACAACGGACCCUUCAAGACUGGAUAAAAACUGUGAUGGUCAAAUAUGUGGACUUCUUGGCUUUCUCAGGGAUUCCAAUGACUGUGGUUGCUGUUGUAACAUCACUAUUUGGCUUGUUUGGGUAUGGAGGCCACCAUUAUGUGUUCAUUGCACUUAUAGUUUUAGUAGCAGUCAUUGGCUAUUUGAUUCUGAAGUCAUCAGAUUUAAAGUUCUGGAUGUUGAUCGGAAGCAUGGGAAUGCUCGCAACAUUUGUAAUUGCCAUGCUCACUGUACAAGCCGGAGACGAGGUCAAUAAGACUGCCAUGAAUCUGAGAGGGCAACCACAGGAUGUAAACGGUAAAAGCAUCAACGAUCGCAUGACUGACCGUUGUUCUCGAGAAGCUUUGAAAACAGCAAUUAUUGGAGCAAAACUCUGCCAGCUCAGCUUGGGAGCCGCUGUUGGGGGGCCCCUGGUAAGGCAUGCAGGUGGAGGGGGCAAGGUCAUUGUAGGGGCUGCAAUAGUGGCCUUGGGUUUACUAGGUGGAGUGGAGAUUUUAUCUCCAGUACUGGGAAAGGGGGGGGAAGCCGGAGCCUUGCUGGGGGUGGUGGGUACUUGUGGGGUGUCUGUGGGUGCAGUGGCAGCCAUGGCAGGACAGUGUUCUUCAUGGCCACGCACUUUGGGAGCCAUAACAGGUGUGAUUAUUGGCACAUUAGCCAUGGGUAAACUGCAUAUUGUCAUGAUAGGAGUACAAGUUAUUGUUGCCUACAUAUUUGCUAUGAAUAAUGCUUUGUGAAACAUAAGAUGCAAAUUGCCUUGUAUGCAAAUUGAGUGAGAUGUACGGUAAGUUUCCAAUUCAUGAUGUUAUAAAACACACCUCUCAGAUGCCAACACCAGAUUUAUUGUUAACGAUGAAAUGAAAUUCUUGGUUGAGGUAAUAAUAAGCUACAAAAUGUUCAGUCAUUAUUUUUUAAAACUUUAUUUUACCAUUACAGAACAUUUAUGCCAAUGAGGAACCAUCUACAUGAAUUUUAACAAGUCGUUGUUUUACAUGUUUUAAUACCAACACCAGCAUCUGGACUGUUCUGUCUUGUGUGUCGAAAAAUACUGCAAAAAAUGAAGGUUUUUAUUUUGUUUUAUUUUAAAACAAAUAAUAAAAGUUAUUGGUCUUGUUUUGAUGAUCAUUGGCAUACAUCUAUAAAAUAUUACUACAAACAGUA